UUCCCCGAAUCGGUAACCGGAAAAGUGAAAGUCGGGAACUUGAUUGGGUUGAAUGGCCAUUUGGCGCACGCGGGCAAUGAUGGCCCGGGACAUGCAUGUGUGGCGGUGAGCGGAAGUGAGUCGAGUCAGCCUUCUGUUUCCUGUAAAACCUUUCUAGCCUCCCUCCCUCCCUCCUCUUCUACCUUCGCACACCCCUACGCAACCUGGGGUGAUCAAACUGAAACUCUCAGAUGGCAACUGCAUCCCGCCUUCAGCGCGCCGCCACACGUCAACACCCUCCGGGUCCGGGUUCUCAAAGACGAGUGAGGGUCGUUCCAGCAGCGCAUAAUGUCAACAGUAGUAGCAGUAGCGGGAAACAACUACCAGCGCAAAUUCCCGCCGGCUCGCACUCCCAAUAUGCUCAAAGAAACCAAGGUCUACCUCUCGCAGUGAAUUCCCAGCCCCAGAAGAGAAAACGCAAAUUCUCCUGGCUCUGUUGCGGAGACUACGGCAGAGCCGCAGCCAUAUGGGGCUGUCUCGCAGUCAUUAGUCCCCUGUCUUAUUUCUUGCUCGACUGGUUCAGAUCGCAAGACGAGACGUACGCGAAGAGAAUCUACGAGGAGCAACGGUACCAGAGCGAUAUUGAGGCCAAGCGGCUGUGUGUGGAGCUGAAGGCAGCGCAACUUCCCUGGUCACAUCUGGGACUGGAUUGCGACCAGAUUUUCCAGUCCCCUCUGCCCACGCGCUACCAUGUUGUCGAGAACACAGUGGCCCAGGCAGCAAGGACCCCUAGCAAGGUCCAGGCCGGUAUGCUGGCUGCUCUGAAAGUUGCCUGGGGUCUUCAGGGCACUGAUGCUCUGCUUACCAUACUUUCAACCUGCCUACUGGCGGGCAUCACGGUUUGGGUCAUCUUGCCUGGCAGACGAUCUCCAGCGACCUCCUAUCGAAAGUUGGAAUGUCGCUCGCUGUCUGAACUGGGCUCGGAGAGUGAGGGGCAUCGAACCGCAACCUAUAGCCCGAGGCAGAAUUGGCAGGACAUGAGAGUCCGACUCCGACUCCAACGGUCAUUUUUACCGCAUAAGGAACCAUCCUCGCAUGCCGAAGGAUCAACCUUGUGCGGCGAUGGACGAACGGCAACUGGAGAACUUUUAGUACCAUCCUCACAUACCCAAUCCACAACAGACAAUGACGGAGAUGCCUCAGAAGAGAGUACAGCGUCAGAAACAGCUAUGAGUCUGAGACUGGCCCACACAAGCAACCGAAAAGCUACACAAAAUCACUUGAAGCGCGCUGAAGGAGCGGCGGUGGUGACGGCGGUAUCGGUAUCAAAGUCAGCCAGGGCAGCAGCGGCGCCUAAAGGUUCAACGACGCCAUCAACCACGGCAUCGGCAUCGUCCUCCAUGAGGAGUGGGCAAUCACUGUUGCCGUAUUGGACGUGGGGCGGACUGUCACCGACACGCAGUGUAGAGCUAACAGCAACUAAAGCCUCCGCGCUGCCGUCAGCCACCCCACCGUCACCUAUUUCAAUUUCAACUUCAAGUCAACCGCCUUCAUCACUGUGCCGGAGCUCAGGGGGGCCAGGAGCCGGCUCGUCUUCCCAACAAGACAAGCCUACCCGGACGAUGUCUUCGUCCUGGGACGCGCCAUCGCGGACAGAAACCGCUGCUCGGGCAGCGGCCGUUCCGCGUACAUCCACAAGCCCUCCGGGUCCCGAUACCUGCGCAGCAGGGGAGCAACAGAGGUACAAGCAUCAGAAAGUGUGGUCCACCUAUGUGGAAGCGGUUUAUUUCCUCUUAGACUGACCUCCCAAUGUUUACCUCAAUGCUCACAUGUCGUGUGCGAAUACUGCUACAUUACAACGGUUCUUCCGCAACUCCCGCUUAGCGAGGAGAAAAUACAGCGGUUGCCGGAUGAAACUUCGAGAUGAAUUUGUCUUCGUUGUCCGAGGACAUCCUCUUUGCUAUAUUAGUAUGCAGGCGAGUUUAGGGGAGCAUAGUGGCUCUGGUCAGCUAAGUCACUACAACGAAAGGUAAGGUACCUUACACUGCAGACUUGUUAACUAAGCAAUGCACUUCGUUCACUACUACAACCUUCGUUCAAUAGUGCUCACCGAAGUCGAGAAAAUGCAAACAAAUAUGUAGAUCCCCAACAGGGUUAAAGGGCGAGAGCCUGGGUGGAGAAUGAAGCAUGCAUUCU